ACAGCUGGGUCAGUGACGCGGGCGCUGCCGCCGCCGCCGCCGCUACUGCCGCGUUCUAGUCUCCGAAGCCGGCGACCACCCUGCCGCUUCCCUCCCUCCCGCGCGCUUCCUCUGUCCACAGCGCCGGCCAGCGCGAGCCAGACAAGGGCGCGCGGGGCCUCGCUUAGACCUGAAAGGGUUGCGGGCGCGCGCAAGCGGCGGCGUGGAAGCAGUGAGCGCCCCCCUCCCGGAGGUCCCUGCCGGCUCCCGGGAUUCUUCUGGAUUUUAAAUCUUUUUCUUUUUAAAAAAACUUGGACGGAUAAAAGAUGUGCCAUGGCAGGAUAGCACCAAAGAGCACCUCAGUGUUGGCCGUGGCCUCCGUGGGACAUGGAGUGUUCCUUCUGCUGGUGAUCCUUAGUACCCUGCUUGGAGACGGACUUGCUUCCGUGUGCCCCCUACCACCGGAGCCAGAGAAUGGUGGCUACAUCUGCCACCCCCGGCCCUGCAGAGACUCCCUGACAGCGGGCAGUGUCAUCGAAUACCUGUGUGCUGAAGGCUACAUGUUGAAGGGUGAUUACAAAUACCUGACGUGUAAGAAUGGCGAGUGGAAACCAGCCAUGGAGAUUAGCUGCCGUCUCAACGAGGACAAAGAUACCCACACAUCACUUGGGGUCCCCACGCUGUCUAUAGUGGCUUCUACUGCCAGCUCCGUGGCGCUCAUUCUCCUCCUCGUGGUGCUGUUUGUCCUUCUGCAGCCAAAGCUGAAGUCUUUCCAUCAUAGCAGGCGUGACCAAGGGGUAUCUGGGGACCAGGUCUCCAUCAUGGUGGAUGGAGUCCAGGUUGCACUACCAUCAUACGAGGAGGCUGUUUAUGGGAGCUCUGGUCACUGUGUGCCACCCGCUGACCCCAGAGUACAGAUUGUGCUGUCAGAAGGGUCUGGGCCCAGUGGAAGGAGUGUGCCAAGGGAGCAACAGCCGCAGGACCAGGGGGCCUGCUCUUCUGCAGGUGGAGAGGAUGAGGCCCCAGGCCAGUCUGGACUAUGUGAAGCCUGGGGCUCUCGGGGCUCAGAGACUGUGAUGGUGCAUCAGGCAACCACCUCUUCCUGGGUGGCCGGCUCAGGGAACCGCCAACUGGCGCACAAAGAAGCCGCAGAUUCAGAGAACAGUGACAUACAAAGCCUUUUAUCCCUCACGUCAGAGGAGUACACAGAUGAUAUUCCACUGUUGAAAGAAGCAUGAGGGCAGCGGCCAGCCUUUCCUCUCUGCGAGGUUCUCUCAGCCCUUCCUCCCUCUCCCUGUGGGAUUGAGCACCCUGUACUCUCCAGCCACCUUACCUGGAUACCUGAGCUGCCACCUGUGUAUCUGUGUAUCUCUGAGGGCCCUGUAGGCCCACCUUGCUGGAAACUCAAGGAAGAUUCUCGCCAUCUGCCUGUUGGACAGCUGGAAGAGCUGGCUCUUUGCCUGGCCCAGCCUACCCAUCUGUCGAGACAUAUUUGAAUGUGCUGGAUUGAACCCUCCCUUUUCCAAAGCCUCUGGGUCCCCUCCAGCCAGCUCUUUGGCAGCAGCCCCCAUCAGCUCCUGUGGGCCUGAGUGCUGCUGUGUUUACUUGUGCCUUUCCCCCACCCUGUCCAGUUUCCCUGUCAUGCAGGCUUGUUGCUAUCCACAAGCCUUAGUGGCUGCACUGCUGUCCCCUGCCACACAGGGGGCUGGGCCUGAGUCUGGCCUAUUUCCUUUGAGGGCUGCCCCUGCUGACCUUUGCAGGAGCAGAUCCAAGUGUGAGAGCUCUUGAGUCAGGAAUGGCAGAAGUGGCUCUAAUUGGGGUGAGAGUGUGGUUCCUGGGCUUGCCCUGGAUUGACACUGGUGGCACAUUUCCUUGGCCAAGGAUAGAUUUGUAAAAUCAUGCCCAAGCUGGCCCAGGACCCAGCCAUCUGGCCCAGAGGUACAGGGCCAUUGAGUUGACAGUUUCCAAGAAGCAUCCAGAAGAUCCCAAGGGAGGGAAGGAAAGUGGCUGAUAAUGAUUGUCUUCCUAAUAUGCAAGUUCUCACUUCCUGCUUCCAGCAUCGGCCUUCCUGGCCUUGUCUUUUUUCUGGUUCCCUGGAGUAUAAGGGGAAGUUGCAUGCUGCCUCCUGGGUUUUAUCCCAGAUCACUCUGGCUUUCUUGCUGCCCACAGGGGCCUGGGGCAGGAGAGUUGUUAAGAUGCCAUGGAGUGCCCAUCUGGUCACUGGCAGUCUGGGCAGGUUGCCCUUUUCUGGGUUUGUGGUGAUGGAGGGGAGGCCGAGAGGCACAGACCGAGUCCCCGGGUGGCUGCAGGCAGCUUCAGCCCGGUCCUGAGGAUCCGCCUCUCCCUGGUCACGUGCCUUAGUAACUGUGCCCAGAAAGUGGCCUGCUGCUUGCUGUGCUGCUGCUUUUCCUACUUCUGCCCUUCCCUGCCACUCCUUGCAUGUCACAGCUGACAAGCAAUUCCUUGCCUUCCCUGACCCCCUGGGGGAAGGGCUGAGAAACAAGUCCAUGUGCACCCCGUCCUUACUGGCCUGAGGUGGGCAGAGGGGUGUGGAGCAGUCUAGAGUACAGGGCCUGGGGGUUGGAGCCCCCUGAUGAGGGACGCUCUCCCGUAGCCAUGUGUUGAAUGCUAACUAGGCUGGGGUGGACAAGCUCUGCCAGCUGCUGUCAUCUUCAGAAGACAGACGCAGCAGUAAGGAAUGUUUGUUUUCACUUUUUAUAAAAUGUUUGGAAGCACUGUGGCUGGGAAACUUCGAAGCAGACCCUGUCCUGCAUGUCUGCCCCUCCCCUAAGCCUCUCUGCUUGGGGGUAGUAAAAAUAAAAAGCCCAGUAUGUUUUCAGUACCUUACUUAACAGGGUUGGCUCCAGGCAUGGAUGGCCUGGAAGAUGAGGGGAGUCGUCUUCUCCCAGCCUGUUACCCUCUUGCCUCCUGCCUCUGCGCUUACAUACGCACUUUACCACCUGGUCAUUCCCUGGCCUCUUGCUGCCACUUGUAGUCUUCCUUCCUUCCUCUCAGGGUAAGGGCAGUGCCUGCUGUGCCUGUUGGCCACUCUCACACCUCCCCCUUCCCCAGGAGCCCUCAUCUGCUCUGCCGAGUCCAGGAAAGCAUAGUUAGGUAGGGAGCUGGCUGGAGAAUGUGCUAGAACUAGAAGGCAGAUGAGAUUAGCAUGGGCCCACCUGGAGGGGUGUCCCUAAUGGCCCCAGUUGCCUUACCACACCCACAGCGGUGCCCUUGUCUUCCUCCAAAAAAAGAAAGCAGGGACAAAUAGGGGAGGGGUGGUAACCCGAAGUCUCACUCCUGAGACUUCAGCUUUUAUUUUCCACUGUUUCAAAACCUGAAUUCUAUUCUAGAAUGGUUUUUAAAAUGGAAGAUCUUACCUUUUUCUAUCUUAUUACUCUGGGGUUUUCUUCCCCUUAACAGAUUGCACUUUUUGUUUGGGGUUUAUUCCUCUGCAUAGAUGGUCAGCUUGAUCCUUGGUAAAAUGAAAAGCCUUCCUUCUCCUGAAGCCUCUUUCUGCCUUGCCCUCUACUAACAACACUGAGGAGAGCAAGCCCAGGCUUGCCCACCUGGUAGGAAAGGAAGAAAUCAGAACAAUGGGAGCCUUGGCUCCCCUCUCGUCUCCUCCCCUCCCUCUUGUCACCGGCUUUGAUGAGGCCCGCUUCCCAGAGGCUCCUGGGCCUGUGAGUGCAGGAGCUCAUUCUUCCCCUCGCUGCUGAAGUCUAUGACAGCUUCUACCCCCCGUUAUUUCUCUUUCCUCCAAAACAGUUUCUUAACCAUCAGCCAUGUGCUGCUGUUUCUAGGGCUUCUGGGCUUUGUCCCUACUGAGGGAUUAGGGACUCCACAGCUGCCUUGAGGUGGGGCCUGGCUGAGAGACAAGGGCAGCAGCAGGUGGCAGGCUGUUAGAAGAGAGGGUGCCUGAGGAGCCCAGAGCAGAUGGGAAGAAACCAGCCACCGCCCUGCUUUCCUGGGCUCACCUCUAGGGCAUUAGCAGGAGGCUGAUGCAGGAGAAUGGCCAGCACCAAAGGACAUUUAAAAGAGUUUUUGGUUUUUUGUUUAUUUGUUUUUGCACACUUGAGCUGACUCAAUGCAGAUUUAAUAUCCUAGUGACUUGUAGUCACAUUCUAAUGACUUUCAAGGGCCAGAAUGUGGUGAAAAAUCACUUAAAAUAUCCGUCCCUUCUAUGCCUUAGUUUAGCAGGUAGGCUCUAUCUUUUGCCAUUUCUGUAUUUUAUGUGCUGUGUUCCCGUUUCACUGGAUGUGAACUGUGAAAUGGACUGAGUCCUGGCCACUUUACAAGUUUGUUUGAUUUUAUAAGGCAUUUCAAUGUACAUUCUAUAAAUAGAAGCACUCCAUUUGCAAACAGAUCUUAAGCUAAUACUUUCUUUCCCAUUCAUCUUGCCCUCCUCCUCCUACCCCCAGCUUUAAAGUGCAGUGGAGAAGCCAAAUGGAAAUUCAGACAAAGGUAUACUCUUCCUGCUUCAUGGGUGGUGGCAUGGGAAUAGAUAGCCCUUAGCCCUUUCCCUCCCAGUUUCAGCUGAGCUCUCAAACCCCUUGCUUCCCACAUAACAAUGUUGCCUCCAUUUCCAAGGAAUAUCCUUGCAUGGAGAAUGAAAUAUGCUGCAAACAUUUCUGCAUCCUUGCUCCUCACCCCCAAAGAAAAAAAAAGGCCUAGCAGGGAAGCAGCAUGCAGGCUUCACAGCUUAAUGCAGAUGUGCUUGCCAAGGACAGUGAGUGAGGCUGGGAGCUUCUCUUAUGGGACCUGCUGGGUCUCUUGGCUCUCAGAAUAGGGAUAGUCAUUACUGAUGCCCCAAGGAGGGACUUGGAGAAUAUUUUGCUUGGCCUGUUUGGUCUGAAUGUUGUAGUUGCUGGUUCCCUAGAGUGGAAAAGGUGGCAGGCCCUACUUUGCUGGGAAGUGACUCUUAAUUUCCAGUUGAAACCCUAGUAGAAUUGUGAAUGAAAACCCCAAGUUUGAGCCCCUCUGCCAAGCAGCAGAGCUAGCAGAAGGGGAUACAGGGGCAAAGCACUCAAUUGCCAAGGAAGGAGAGAUGUACAUGGGCUAUGUGGCAGUCCCCACGCCCUGCCCUGGCUUCUUCAGGUUAUCGCACCACUAUGGAAUCCUUUGCGGAAUGGUACUCAUGUAAUGGUUUAAAACAACACAUUCAUAAUCGACUCUGUGCAGGAUGUCACUCAAUCAGUUGGGUUUGCUUUAUUUUAUUUUAUAUAUAUAUUUUUUGGUAUCCUGUACAUUGCAGUGGGUGUGAAGAUAGUAUUUUAAUAUUUGUACAAAGUUUAAUUUAAUUUUAAUUGUUCUAUGUAUAUAACUGCAUUUCUAAAUAAUUAAAAAAAAAAAAAAAGUUCUUAUGCAGGCAGUUGUGGGAGAUGUGAUCCUUCCUGAAAGUUUUUGUGGAAACCUUAGGUUGAAGAGAGCGUGUCUGGGCAGGAGGUGAUGAAGGGAUGAGGCACUGGCUCUGCAGGGUGGGUUGCCUGGCAAGAGGUGGGGGAGCUGGGAUGGGGAGGUGGGCUAUGGGACAAGGAAGAAAGACCACAAGCAGGUGGAAGCAUAUUGCCUCCUUUCUUGUUAAAGUGCUCUCAGUGUGCCAACUACUGUGCUGAAAGUAAGAUGCAGCAGUGAACGAGACAUUGUGGUUUGGGCCUGCGUGGAAUGUCAGGGGCAGAGCAGGCAGUGACUAAAGGUGCAGUGAUUGUUAUGAUCGGGGGCGUAUGAGGUGUGAUGGGGGUAGUCAAAAAAUGCCUCUCGGAUGAAAAGAAACUUAAGCUGAGAGGGGAAAGGCCAGUACAGUGAGUAAGGGGCAGGACACUGCCUGUGUGUAGGAGCACAGGAGGCAGAAAACACAUCCCGUUUAAGCAGCCAAAGGGUGUGGUGCUGCUGCCCCGGGAGGGCUGAGGGAAGAGUGGCUCCAAAUGAGGCAGAGGAGUUAGGCAGGGACCAGACUGAGGAGGCUUCCACCAGCCAAGUUAGGAAGUUUGCAUUUCAUCCUAAGGGCAAUAGGAACCUUAAAGACUUUAAGUAACAGGGUGACUUAGUAAUAUCUGCUUUUUUUCCUUUGGAAGCUCUUUAUCUGUUUAAGAAGAAUGGAUUUAGGAGGAUGAAAUACACUGUGUACAGUGACCAUGUAAAAAGUCAUUGGCCUUGCCUAAGAGAGAGAUGAUGGUUUCCAGUAGGGCGAUGGCAGUAGCAAUGGGGAGAAGUUGGUGGAUUCAAGAGAUAUUUGUUAAGAAAGUAGAGUCAUGAUUUGGUGGCUGACUGGAUGUGAGUGAGAAAAGGGUGUUAAGAUUACCCAGUCUCUGAUUUGAGCAGCUGGAUGAAUAGGAGCACCAUUCUGAGACAGGGAAGUGGAAGCAACAGUUUGGAGAGGGGAAUGAUGGGCUCAGUUUGGGACAUGCUGAGUUGGAGGUGUGUGACAUCCCAAAUGGAGAUAUCCACCAGGCAGUUGGGUAUCACAUCUAGGGCCCAGAAGACAGAUCUAGACCAGUCUUCAGGAAGUCUGCACAAAUAUCACUGGCUGUUAGUUGAAAAGGUGAUGGGAAGAAGCCUGCCAUUAAUCGAGCACUUUACCAACUUUUAAAAGUAAUGUAACAAUAGCUGAUACUUACUAAGCACUUACUGUGUGCCAGGCAUAGCUCUGAGGACAUCGUGGGCAUAAACUCAUGGAAUCCACACAGCGAUGCUACCAGGUGGGUGCAUAUGCCACAUAGGGUGAAAUGGAGGCAUGAAGACCAAAGGAACUUGUCCAAGGUGCAGCCAGGAUUCACUUCAAACAGGUAGUUCCACUGGGGUGAGCCCCUGCCCCAUGCCAUUCCUGCCCCAUCAGACAUGGCCUGUGUCUCUCCAGGCCCUCUUCACCAGGCCCUCACAUAUGUUGCCACCUGCCCUCUGCCUUUCAGAGUCUGCUCUGACCAGUGACCUUCAGAGAAGUUCUAAUUUCAAGGCAGGGAAAUGGUACACUUUUCACUUUGGAAUGGGACAUACCCAUCAUGGUGGGCGGGGAGGAGGAAUUUAAGCUCUGCAGAGCAUAAAAAAGUUCACAACACAGUAGGGUUGUUCCAUAAGAAAAAAA